AUGGAUUAUUCCCAACAUCUGGAUCGUACCAUAAAGGAAUUGUAAUAACAAAUAUUGUAAAUGGAAACUAUAACCAAUAAGACUAACUCACAUAAAAGACCACUUGAGAUGAAAUAUUUAUCUCACAAAUCUUCUGUUCCAUCUACUCUCCCUGACAUUAACAAUGAUAUUGAUAAAAUCCUAUAAACAGCUGAACAAUUUUUAACAGAUCCCAAUAAAACAUAAAUUGAACCUAAGAAAUAAGAAAAGCAAGAUUUUGAAUAACCAAAAAGGAAAUUAGAAUCAUUCAAAUAGCCAAGCAACAAAAAAUAAAUUCUCUCUCGUAAAGUAAGUCAGAAAAAGUUAUCACCUUCUAAAUUGUCAAUGCACAAACGAUCUGGAUCUUUAUACAAAUAAGAGGUGACACCAAAAGUUACUUAGGUUCAACCAAAGUUUGCUAUGCAAUAAAGGGAAUCCACCAAAUCAUUCAAAGAUCAAAGCCGAUUAAUCAAGCAAUCACCAACUAAAUCAAUUCAUGAGAAAAAUUCAAUCCUUAUUGAAGAUUAAAGUAAAGCCAAACCGCCUAUUCCUUCUGUUCAGCCAGUUCGAAAAUAACCUUCAUAGCCUUAUUUAUAAUUGCAACCCAUUCCUUAAUAACAGUAAUAGCAACAGAAUUUGAAUUCCUCAUACACACAAGCACAGACAAAUAAUAAUAAGAUGGAGAACAACUAACAACAAUAAUAAAAUGCAUUGAAGAAGUUUGAUUUCAAUGGGUACAAAGAAUUGAGCAGAUUGAAACGAAUGAAGGAUGCCAUUUUUGUUGAAUAUCAAUAAAGCUACACAUAUUUUAGAGAAAAAGAAUAAAAAGCGAGGGCUAGGUUUCUUACUAAAUUCCAUUAGCAUAUGAAUGAGAGAAAGAACAAACCUUCUUCCUUCCUUAGUGAUCAAAUCCAUCCAUAAUUCUUUUCUUUUAUAGAAGAACAAUUGACCAUCGGGUAACCAAAAACUCUUCUGAUCCUUAAAUAUUGUGAAUAAGUUCAAAAAACCAUUGAUUCUAUUGAAUUUGAUGAUGAACUACUAAAGAACCUUAAGAGAGCCAAUAAAUAAAACAUUUCCAAGAUAUCCUUAACAGAAUUGGUCGAAGUCUUUAAAUUAUGGAGUCAAGUCUAAAUCAUUAGAUAAAAUUAUCAACAACUCACACAAUUUAUUCAACCUAUACCAGAAUUAACUUAUGACUUGAUUUAGUGGAUUUGUUUAAGACCUAAAGUUAUCAAGAAGGACAAAUAGCAAGUACAAUUAAGCCAGAAGGUCAUUCGUUAUAAUCAAUUUGCCACAUCUUAGGAGGAAGCUCUUGAAACCAACAAACUGAUUAUUAAAGAAGAGAUCUUUCGAUUUCUGUGGGAUAUUAUUCAAAAAUUGGUAUUCUCAUAAUCGCAACUUGAAACUUCAAUGGCUUUAUUCAAAUCCAUUCUCAAAUUCCUCACUAAAAACAAUUGUAGUGUAUAUGUGUAUAAGAAUUCAGAUUUAUUUAUAUGA